AGUCAGAUGUUGAGGAAUCCAAAAUGGAUGCUCUACUCCGUGUUGUGAAGAAGUCUCCCAGUAAAUUUACUAAUACUAAACAUUCGAAAAUUCCUGAAGGUUGGGGUGAAAAUAAAGAAACUGUGGUCGAUGGUAUAACUUUCUAUCUCAAGUACAUUGGAUCCACUCUGGUGGAAGAGAUUGACUCCGACCAGACUUAUGGGGAUGGGAUCAGUGCUAAAGCUGUCCACAACAUUACAUUGAUGGCUAAAUCAGCUGGGAAGAAGCUUAGAAAAACGGCUUUGACUGUGUCUCCAAAAGGUAUCAGAACAGUAGAUAUGACUACAAAUCAAGUGAUGUUUGAGAGCUCUAUCUAUAGGAUAUCAUUUUGUACUGCAGACAAGACCCACAACCAGAUCUUUGCUUACAUUGCCAGAAAUACAACCAAUGAGACUAUGGAGUGCUAUGCAUUUUUAUGUGCCAGAGAAAAGAUUGCUCAAGCAGUUACACUAACAGUAUCUCAAGCAUUUUCUGUUGCACAAGAUCGAUGGCUGGAAAAUAAAUUGCUCAAGAAAUCCCUGAGAGAAAAUGGCAGCAAAGAGAAGAUUGAAAGCAAGCGAUCUAGUCAAAUCAACAGUCAAUCAUCCAUUGGAUCUUUCACAAACACGAGUCCCACACCAGCCUUGAUAUCUUCCACUCCAACACCACCUUCAACGCCAGAAAUUUUAUCAGAUUCGACUUUGCAGAAAACGUUUUGUACUACAUCCAGACAAAAUUGGGAAAGUUUUGAUGAUUCAGCAGAUGACAAUAUUGAUGAUAUGUUCUCAAGACUUGCUGAGAGGCGUAGCAAACCUUCCUUCAACACUGAUCUAAAAGAGGACGAGCUAGAUGACAGUGUUCAAAAAUAUAUGGAAGGCUCUGCAUGCUAUGAGGCUUUUUCACGUACAGAGUCUAUGGAUGACCUUCUUAGCUUAUGAGUGGUUCAUAGUCACAAUGUCAUCAAUGUUUUUUUGCAUGCUUGAUUGGACAGUUGAUGUGUUAGGACUUGCAUUCGUCAAACUGGGCUGUGAUACUAUAUGAAGACAUUUAUGCAAGGCUACCAGCUUGCGUUUUUCGUAAGUUUUUUGCAAGUGGAGAUUUGACUCAGCACCCUGAGGAGAUAAUUAUUGUAAAAACAAAUAUAAUCCUGUAACUGUAAUCAUUUUUUUUCAUGCCUUAUAAACAAACAUUGUACUUUGAUAUCAUGUACAGACUUAUUUUAUAUUCAAAAUAUGUUUUCAAGUUUACAGACAUUGUACUGUAUCAACCCUUUUUUUUAUUUAUUGAAAAUGACAAUUUAGUUGUUUUGUUUUUUUCAAGGCAUUGCAUAAUUUUAGUUGUUUAAUGAAUACUAGCAAAUUGGAAGAUUGAGCUAAUUGUUGCAAAGUAGUUUAUCCUUUUGUAAUAGUAUUUUACCUCAUAAGCUCAGAACAUUUAAUAUAUUGUUUUAGUGAGAGGAUAUGUUUCAAUUAAUUAUCUUGUGAAAUACAAUAGAAUGAUCGGUGGCCAGGGGUGAGGGGGGUGAAUCUGUGCAUACUCACAAUAACUGUAUUUGUUUUUUAUCUAGUAUUAAAAAAAAAACAUUUUGAAAGCUUGGAAUAGAGUCAUAUAUUUCUGGCUUUCAUUGGUUGAUUGACUGCACUUGCCUUAAGGAAAUAGAAAAAGAUAUAGCCUCAUAAUAGGAGUAUAGGUCAUUCCUAUUUACAUUACUUAAUAUGUAAAUAGUAACAAAUCAAGUAACACUAUAAGCUUUAGUUUUCAUAUUCUAAUAGAAACUUUGCCAAAAAAAAAAAAAUAAUUAAAAUAUAAAUUCAAUAAUUAUCCAGGAGUCUUCCUUUAUCUUAAAUUUGUCAAAACACAGAUUUUUUUUUUUUUUUGCAAUUUAAAAAAAACAACACAGUUUGAUUGAUGGAGACAGGAAUCUUUUCAAAUGCUCUAGUGUCAAGAUUAUAUAUUUCCCAAGUCAUCACUGUAGGUCUCAAGUUGUACAUUUAGUGUGAAACAGUAUUCAUUGUAUUCAAAGUAUAUAGUCUCUUGUCAACUAUUAUUUAUCAAGGGCACUCAACAAUUUUAGUUAGUGCCAAAAGUGGCAUUUCGAAAAAUCUUAACAUGGCCAUAACGUUGGUCUGUUCUAUUCUGAUUGCUCUCUCUAAAAAAGUUGAAAAUAUAUUAUUAUUUAAUCUAAUUCAUUGUUUGUUUUUUUUAAAUACUUAUCUUAUAUACAUACCAUACAUACAGAAGUUUGAUAUUAUGUGAUUAGAUCGAUGUCUAUUUAAUAUUAAAUAAUUCCUUUUUUUUUUUUUGUAAUUAUAAUUGUUUUGUAAAUUUGGCAAAAGAGUUUAAGUUUUUUGAUCUUCAUAUCAUGUUUGCUUUUUUAUAUAAAGGUUUGUCUUGCUGUGAAUGUUUGUUAACGUGCCUAUCAAGUUUUAUCAAAAGCAAAUGUGUCGAGUCUCUGUACUUGCAAAUUCAUGCUUCUUUCGAUGUUACUGUUAAAAAAAAAAGGACUCUUUUAUAAUGGAGGAAAAUAUACAAACAACUUUUUUAGCUUUGAGCAGACGUAAGGAGAGAAAUUUGUUUACAUAAUGCACCAUUUAAGACUUCUGGAAGUUCAAAUCAAAACAACAUGCUCAAUACUAGUCGGAUUUUACUGUCAUCCUGCAGUCCUUAGUUUUGGUAUUUCUAAUCUAGUGGAUGGAUGUAGAUCUGUCAAACUUGGCUAAUGUUUCUUUCAAAUUUUUUUUUUGCCACGAAAAUAAAAAUAUAUUGUGAAAAUGGGCUUAACCAUUAAGCCAACACAUUCAUCUUAAAUAUAAAAUACUAUGAAAUGGGUUUACUCGAUUUGUUUAAAAGUUUUGUUAUUUUAUAGAUAGUGAUAAAUUUAGCUAUUUUACCUUUAUUUUUGGGGGCCCCAGUUGUGGGAAAGACAUUAAGCAUACACUACGGUCUCGACCAUGAUCUAAGGAACAUUGAUGCCAAGUUUUAUUAAGAUUGGUCAAACGGCUUUGAUUUCUAUGCGGGACAUACAUACAUACAUAUGUCUUACUUUCAAUUAUAUAUAUAUAUUAGACAGAUAAGCCUUUUACGUCAUUCUACUAAAAAAACAUGUACAUUAAAUAUUGUUCCUUAUGGAUAUUAAAGAUUAUUAUUAUUACUUUGAAAUUUUUAAGAACUGAAAAACAUCUUAGGUAGACAGAAGGUAUUGUACUUAAAAAAGGGCCAAUGACUGUGGCUACUUUGAUUUUUAGAUCGACCCAUGAUGUUAUGACUAUGUUAAACUGAAGCUAAUCUAAGUGAUAUAAAUAUCUAUACAAUUUUUUUAUAUUUGUUUCUUGUUUUUUAAGUUGUUUUUUUUUAAAUAUCAAUUCAUACUUUUGAAACAUUUGUUCAACUACAUUUAUUUAACUUCAUUGGCAUAAAUAUUUUUCAGUUUUGAUAUAAUUUUUUUUUAAUAAUGAAGACAGCUAACCGUAAAAAAAAAUAUGUGUCGUUUUGUGUUAAUUUGUUUAUCUACGAUUAUAUAAGACAGAUUGUUUUUAUUGAUAUGAAAAUGUUUGUGUUUCUAUCCUGGUACUUUGAUACAGAUAAAACAAAGAUAUUUUUUGAUAAAUCUCAAUGCUAAAGAUGUGACAUCUCUAUUGAUGUAUGCAGUUGAUUUUCACCCAGAAGUUUCAUCCUGCGGCUGAAAUCAUGGAUGGCUGCUUGGUCAUGCGGUAUGCGUGCUGGACUGUCAUUCGAACUUUUGAAUGGUUCUGGGUUCAUAUCCUGCCUGCUGCCAUCCCCUGUUGUCCUGGGGGGAGGUUUGGAUUUUGAAUUCAAUUUUUUUCAACUCUGAAGGAACAUCUGAAACAUGUAAAACAUCUUACAAACAUUGUACAAAUCAUCAAUGAGAAUGUAUUGAAUAACUCUUGUUCUACCUUAAACUGGUUAUCAUGACAUACAUUUGAACAGUGUUUUGAAACAUUUGAAAUUAGAGUCUUCGAGAUAACAGUUUUUUGUUGGACAUUGGAUAAAAGAAUGAUGUUUGUUUUUUUUAACUUUAGUCUUAGUAUGAAGCUAUAAGAGUGAGUAUAUGAUCUUGUAUUUGAAUGGACAGGCAAUGUUUAUACAAGUCAAAUGUUUGCAACUUAUCAUAGUAUCUUGAUUUUGUUUUGAUGUGGAACACAUUGUUGAGGUCUUCGUUCACUGUGCAGGAUUCAAUUACUUUUCAGCUUUUACUCUGUGAAUUCAAGUUUGCUGACUCACUAGUGAAGUGUGAACUUUUGGUGAUGUGGGUAUGAUUGAUGAUUGAGUUAGCCAUAAUGAAGUAUGCUCUAUAAGUAAUGAUUGACUCAUCACCAGUGAAGUAUGUUCUGUAGGGAAUGAUUGACUCACCACCAGUAAAGUAUGCACUGUAAAUAAUGACUGUAGGAUUGAAGAGUGAAAGUGAUGAUACAUUGAAAUAAGCAAAAGUUGUGUGGGUUAGAAUGAGAAUUUUGAACAAGUUGGCACUAACAUUGGUCAUAUUCUAAACAUAUUGAUCCUGUAUUUACUAAGGAUGUUAUUGGUGCUAUUCUGAUUGAACUUGGUCCAUUUUUUGUUCAAUAUUUUACUGAUACUACAAUUUUGUUUUUAACAGCAUGGCAGACGUAUUGAUGUACCACCAGCAAUGAACUUGGUCGCCAGGCAUAUAUUUGUGUACCACUUGCA